CCGGAGGAUAGGACGGUCGGUAGAUAAACGCACGGAAUGGAAAAACUUAGCGUGAAACCAGUAGAUCAGCUGUAAAACCCUCCGUUAAGAGUACGUGGCUUUCAUUGAAACUUGUCCUAAGUCCCUGCGCGCUCAGGUCUUGUCUCCUCCUUCUUGCUUGUAGCUCAGGUGUGAUCCACAGGAAUGGUUGAGAGGGACGAGGUCAUGCUGUCUGCUCUGGGAGAGCUCCAGGAGGCCACAGAGAGCUCUGGCCUGGAAGGCAUGACUGAAGUGGCCCGGAGGGUGGAGCAGGUCCUCGCUGCCUUUGAGCUCCCCAAGACCACCUGUCAGGAUUUCCCAGAGUGGGCAGGCGUCGACGAUGCAGCUCAUGGUUUGUACCCAGCUGAUGCACCCAGUGGCCUCCUGCCUCUAAACUGUGAUGGAGAAGGCAACUUAUUGUUUGAUGCAAUCAGCCUGCUGUUAGUGGGCAACACUGGACUCAGCUUGGAGCUACAGAUACGGACCACUGUGGAAAUGGCGCUGUGGAAGAGAUACUACUUGUCGGGGAUGAUAGAUUCUAAAAUGAUGCUUCAGGCUGUUCGCUUUAGUCUGUGUGCUGAAGAAUCUGAAGACAUGCUGAACCUGCCUGGAACAGUCUUAGAGGCCAUAUUUGAUGCAGAUGUUAAAGCUUCCUGUUUCCCUGGCACCUAUGCUAACAUGUGGCAUGUGUAUGCUCUGUCGUCAGUUCUUAAGUUCAACAUCUACUCCAUCUACCCCAUGUUCAAUCUGAAGAUCAGGCCCUAUUUCAACAGAAUUGUACGCCCAAGGAACUGCCCUAAAGACUUUGAGCCCCAAACCAUCCACAUUAUGUGGUCUGGCGACCUGCAGUCUGAGUCAUUGUUUAGACCCAGUUAUUUCGUUGCAUUAGUCCAGACAAAUGGCCUUACAUUUGAGAGCCUUGAUAGCACACAGAGUGUGUCAGCCAUGAAGAGCGAGGAGCAGAAUCAGGACCCCCAGCUUUCUUAUCCCAGUUUGAAAGAUAAAUACAAUAUCACCAAGAGGACCUUCUAUCGCUGGAAGAGGCAGACACAGGAACACUGCAAAAAGUCAGCAGCCAGGUACGAGGCAAAGCAUUUCUUGCAAGCUUGCUACUUGUCGGGUAAGCUCAUCCCUUUGCACCAGUUUAAACAGUUCUUUCCUGAGAUCUCUAGGUCAUCCUACUACAACUGGAAGCAUGAGCUCAUGAAAUCUGGAGGAAAAUUUUCCACUACCUCUUCGACUGGGGAGAUGAGUUCUGGAGAUAGCACAGAGCAGGAGGCCUGGUCAUCACCUGACGCAAAGCAGGAUGAGCUGGAACACCACGACAGCGUGGCCGGUAUGUUUGGCCUCAACCUUAGCAAGCUGGAUGCAGAACGUGCUCAAAAUGUGGCACAUAUGCAGGAAGCUAAGCGCUGUCUGCAGAAUUGCAUUGCCAUGAACACCUCCUUGCCCUUCAGAAUCUUUAAAAGAAAUUUUCCUGGAAUCUCACGAUCAACCUACUACAACUGGAGAAGAGAAGCCAUGCUGUUCAACAGAGGCUACAAAGGCAGCACUGGCAGCAGUGAAGAUGGCUCAGACAAGAGCCAAAGCCCAAAAAGUCUGUCUCCAGAGACUCAUAACGUCAAUCAAUCUGUUGUCCCAAGGAUGAGAAUCUACAGACAAAAACACAGAAGUUACAGGCUGGCAUAUAUGAGUAAAAAACAGCUCAGAGAAGCAGCAAAGUUGCACGUCCAGAAGGCCAGAUGGUCCUUGGCAAAGUUUAAGAUGAAGUUCCCAUCCAUGUCGACUUGUCUUUACUGGCUGUGGCGUAGCAGCCAGAACCACAAGAAGAAAAUGGUCACCCAGAGUGCAGAGGUCCAUGUUCUCAAGACACUGGAGAGCACAGGUACAGAAAACCAGACCAUGGAAACCAGGGUGGAGAGUCAGAAUGCAGCCCCAUUUGUUGAGCACCCUAAAUUUCUAGAAAGCUCCGCCAUGCCCUCUUUUGUUUCCCCACACCCCAAGUACCUCCUGCACAGAAAGGUCCCUGCAGGUGAGCAGAUCUUCCCGAUGGAUGUUGUGACUCUGGCCAACUUCAAGGCAAAGGCAAAGCUCUUCCUACAGCAGCGCUUUGAGGAGAAAUCCUUCCCCACAUUUAAAGAAUUCAGGUCCUUCUUCCCGUUCACCCCUCGCUCAACCUACUACAUGUGGAAGCGAGCUUUGCAUCACGGGGUUUCACUGAUUCAUGCUUAAAAGCUUUUACGCCAUUUAAAAAUUGGCAUUCAGGAGCAAAAUGAAAGCUCUGCUAGUGAACGUCACGUUCAUACCUCUGCCUCAGCAUUUUGUUGUAAACAAACUACCUACACAUUGUUACCUUUUGUUCUCAUGUUCUGAAAGACUACAUGCUUAGCUUAGCAUUUAAAUGCAUUGUGUCCCUCUUUUUCCCCAGUACCACAGAUCAUUCCUCCCUCUUGGACAUUUGCACAUGCAUGUGUGUGAAAAGAAGUUGUGGGUCCAUUUUAAACCCUGCAUGUUACCCUCCAGGCAAAAGCCAGUUCAAAGCUUUUGUUUUUGUGCCGUUUUGU